AUGAAAAGCAUUGCUGUUGCCGUACUGAUGCUGUUGGCCAGCGCCAACACAUUACCUACCCUUAGUGAAGACGAACUGAGGCAAGAGAGACUCAUCACUGAUGUGAUCAUAAACAUUAUUAAGGACUUCAGUCAGUCAAUUGUAGAUGCAGGUCUGGAUCCUUUUGAAGUUGAAAACGCUCAAGGCCAGUUUGCUCUCUCUGAACCAGAAGUUUUUAGUGCCGUUGCCCAUGUUCAAGGCUUCUCUUUCAAAGGUCUCAGCAACAUUGCAAUCCACAACAUGCAAUUUUCUAUUCUCGCAAGCCGGCUGACUUUCGAUGUUUCCCUUCCUAAGCUUUCUCUCAGUGUUGGUGAUUCCGGAUUUGAAGUCAUUUUACUAGGACGUGAACUCAACGGUCACGGUAGUGGCAGUGUGGAGAUUGACGAGCUCCGUCUCCGUGGUGAAGUCAGAGUGAACAUAGGUGUCAUUUCUGGAAUCUCUGUUCGCAGCCUUGACUUGUGGUUCUCUAUGAAAGGCAUUAAUUCUAACUUGCACCUGAUCCUAUUUGGUCGUGACAUCUCUGAAAAAUGCAACAACUACUUAAACAACACCCUUCCUAAUGCCCUCAAUGAAAACCAAGCUGAAAUCAACGAACUUCUUGAGUUCAUCGUCUGGAAAAUCAUCGAUAAACUUCUGUAA